CUGAACGCCAGGAAGAGCAGUGUGCGCCUCUCGAUGAAUGAAGCUGAACCGUAAACUUCAUUCAUUCAUUAACCAUUUCCAUGAAAUGUGACAGUGGUUGUUUAGUAUUGUAGAUUAACUUUCUCUGACAGGUGUGCGUGUGCAUGUUUAUCACUGUUGUAGGAAAUAUUGGCGUAAAGGUGUGUUCACGUGCGCGUGCACACCUAACUUAAGCUGCAGCCGUGUGCAUGUGUGUGGAGACAUUGUGUGGGCCAUGUCAGUAUCAGUGAUUAUAAAGUGGGGAGGACAGGAAUACUCCAUCAGUUCUCUGUCAGAGGAGGACACUGUGAUGGACCUGAAACAGUCCAUUAAGACCUUGACUGGGGUGCUACCAGAGAGACAGAAACUACUGGGACUCAAGGUCAAAGGUAAACCUGCAGAGGAUGAGGUGAAGCUGGGCUCACUGAAGCUGAAGCCUAAUACCAAAAUCAUGAUGAUGGGCACCAGAGAGGAGAGCUUGGAAGAGGUUUUAGCCCCUCCCCCAGAGAAUGAUGAUGUUGUCAAUGAUUUUGACAUUGAGGAGGAGGUCAUCGAAGUGGAGAACAGAGAGGAAAACCUUGCUAAAAUAGCCCGUAGAGUAAAAGACUACAAGGUGGAGGAAAUGAACCCCCCCAGAGAAGGCAAGAAGCUGCUAGUGUUAGAUGUGGAUUACACACUAUUUGAUCACAAGUCAUGUGCAGAAACGGGUCAGGAGCUGAUGAGACCAUACCUACAUGAGUUUCUGACAAGUGCAUAUGAGGACUAUGAUAUUGUCAUUUGGUCUGCUACAAGUAUGAAGUGGAUUGAUGCCAAAAUGAAAGAGCUGGGAGUGACAGACAACCCUAACUACAAGAUCACAUUCAUGUUGGACAGUGCGGCGAUGAUCACAGUACACACCCCUAAAAGAGGGGUGGUGGAGGUUAAGCCUUUAGGAGUGAUAUGGGGGAAGUACGGAGAAUUUUACAACAGGAAGAACACCAUCAUGUUUGAUGACAUUGGGCGAAACUUCCUAAUGAACCCACAGAAUGGACUAAAGAUCCGACCCUUCAUGAAGGCCCACCUCAACAGGGAGAAGGACAGGGAGCUCUAUAAACUAGCUCAAUACCUAAAAGAAAUCGCAAAGCUUGAUGACUUCGGUAGUCUCAGCCACAAACAUUGGGAGAGGUACCUAUCUAAGAGGCAGCACCAUUGAGAAGAGACUGCAUCAUCCACAAACACUUGAGCUGAACAUCCUCCAGUUUUCACUCACAACGCACACACAUCAGCUUGUCUGUUACAAGUCAGUCAAAAACAUUCAAGCUCAGGACUGACACAGACUCCCCAAUUUAGAUAUUUGCAUGUUCUCUCCCUUGUCUUGGACCCCCCCCCCCCCCCUCCCAUAUAUCCUUUGCAGUUACUACAGUGGCAGAUAAUGCUAGUGUUCAAGGAAGGUAAAUAUGCCUAUUCUGAAGACAAAAACUCCACCCCAGCUACACACGUGUUGAGGUCUGCAGUUGCCUGAUUGGUCUUCCAGAUGACUGUGACAACUUAUUUACAUAACAGAGUGGAGCUGAUUGUCUCUCUAAAAAAAGUAUUGGUAUUCUGGUGUAGCUAUCAAACCUCUUUGCUAUAUCAAGGAAAAAAAAGCAUUUCAUCCUGGUUCAGUAAUUGAUGUUGACCUCCUCUGCAGGAAGUUGUGAGUUAUAUAUCAAGUAUCAAAGUGCAGUGGGCUCCACGUCCUUAAGCAUUGCACAGAAGCAACAUACACAGUUUGACAUGCAACAAUUCACAAUAACCUUUAAAGCUACUGUGAGAUUUAAAUGUGCACAUCUUGGUACUGGUUUAUAGCUUGAAUAUUUCCAUCAAAACAGCUAGCUGUAGUGCAUGUUUUGAUACUUGUAUGCAGGGCUCAUUAACAUGCCUGCGGGAUGGAGUAAGUGGUACAUUUCUAAACUUUAUGUUCAUAGCUGGUUGGGUUUCCACGACUGUGUGACCGUUUGUGUAUAUUUGCCCAGAAAUUCAUUGGUAUUGUUCUGUGUAUGUCAUUUUUACAUGCGGGCUCCACUACGUUGCUGCACAAACACUCAAACAUGGGUAUGUCUUUUGGAUACAGAAGUGAGUAAAUUCUGUAUUUUCUGUAUGAAAUCUGUGGACGAGAGAUCCCAGAAUAAUCCGUUUACUUUUUUAAUUUUAGCAUUUGGAAUAUGUCAGAAUUUAUUAUGUCUUCAGUAAUGGAUGAAGAAGGGGACAUUUAGGGGGCAGACUUUGACAAGAGAUUAUCUCAAAAUGAAGCUCCUUAUUUUUUCUUUUUUUUUCAAGAUAAACUCCUAAUCUGCCUUUUUGGAGUUUCACAUCAUGUCCCUGACAUCCAGGCUGUAAAUAGGACAAUAAACAUUUUUUUUGUACUUAA